UAGACAGCGCCAUUUUAUUAAAAAUGGUUGGCUUGUUGUUGGCGACUGUUGGGUGAUUGUUUAGAAUGUUUUGCAAAAGAUGUUUAUUUCUUUACUAGUCGUUGCAGUGACUAGUCGUGUAAAUUCAGUGCUUGUUCUAUGUGUUAAUUAAUUGACAUAUGCUUACAGCUAAAAGACAGCUUGCUAUCCCAUCCUAGUUAAGGAAUAGUCAUAUGAAGUUAGUCAAGAUGUGGCCAGCUUCACAGUAUUCACACACUAACAACCAAAACCAAAAUACCUCAAAAGGAAAUGAACAUCAGAACCAACAGAACUUGAAAACUUUGGGAAUGACCUCUGCUAUUUCUAUGGCAGGUCCAAAGCAGAUUGACAUUGAUAAAACUACUGAACUUAAGAAUUCUUUGACACCGUAUGGAGUAUUUGAGUCUGAGGGUGAGAUGCAUCAUCGUAUGGAGGUGUUGGGAGCAUUGCAUAGACUGGUGCGCCAAUGGAUUAGGGAUGAGUCAUUGAGGAAGAAUAUGCCGCCAAGCGUGGCAGAUACUGUUGGAGGGAAUAUUUAUACAUUUGGGUCUUAUAGGCUAGGGGUACAUCACAGAGGUGCAGAUAUAGAUGCACUAUGUGUUGCUCCAAGGCAUAUUGAUAGAUCUGAUUACUUCCAGUCUUUCUAUGAUCUUCUGAAACAACAGCCACAGGUGAAAGAUUUGCGCGCAGUAGAAGAUGCAUUUGUGCCUGUUAUUAAGAUGAACUUUGAUGGAAUUGAGAUUGAUUUGCUCUUUGCACGACUUGCUUUAAAGGAAAUACCUGAUUCGUUCGACCUACGAGAUGACAUUCUACUGAAGAAUCUGGAUCAAAAAUGCGUGAGGUCACUAAACGGUUGCCGGGUAACAGAUGAAAUAUUGCGUCUAGUGCCUAAUAUAAACAAUUUUCGGUUGACAUUAAGGGCUAUCAAGCUAUGGGCUAAACGUCACGGUAUCUACUCAAACACAUUGGGUUAUCUCGGUGGUGUGUCUUGGGCUAUGUUAGUUGCCCGAACAUGCCAACUCUAUCCAAAUGCAUUACCGGCCACAUUGGUUCACAAAUUCUUUCUUGUAUUCAGCCAAUGGAAAUGGCCACAACCGGUUCUUCUAAAGCAACCCGAUUCAGUCAACCUUGGAUUUCCUGUAUGGGACCCACGGGUCAAUAUGUCUGACCGUUUCCAUCUGAUGCCGAUCAUCACACCGGCCUACCCGCAGCAAAACUCAACCUUCAAUGUAUCAGCUUCCACCAGAACUGUGAUCAUGGAAGAAUUUAGACUCGGUUUAGCAAUAACAGACGAAAUAAUGUUGGGAAAAUGUGGGUGGGAGAAGUUAUUUGAAGCACCAAACUUUUUCUUAAGAUACAAGCACUUCAUCGUGUUGCUAGCGUCCUCUGUCAAUGGAGAUGAUCAGCUGCAAUGGUGUGGCCUCAUUGAGAGCAAGAUCAGACAUCUUAUAACAACACUAGAAAGGAAUCAACACAUAACAAUAGCGCACGUGAACCCUGAGUGUUAUAACUCCGUGCCAUUGAACACCAAUAAUGGACAACCCCUAGCCUUACCACCGGGUACUCCAGUGCCCUCAAACGUGGAUGUGGAAGUCAAAAAGAAUGAAAAUGGAGAAGUGAUGCCCAACUUAUGUUCAAUGUGGUUCAUUGGCUUAGUUUUUGACAAGACAAAUGUGAAUGUUGACUUGACGCAUGAUAUUUUGUCAUUCACAAAAGUUGUGCACUAUCAAGCCGAAACCACCAAUAUGCUAAGAGAAGGAAUGACCAUAGAGGCAAGACACGUGAGACGCAAACAAUUGCACCAAUAUCUAUCUGCGUCGCUGAUAAAGCGAGAAAGAACGACUUCAGGCGCUAAGCGUAAGCAGGACAGCAAUGCCCAACCGGCACCACUUAAGAAAUCGAAACGACUAUCUGAGAGUAGUACGGACGAAGUCAGCAUAUUGUCAUACAACGAAGACUCAAACUCAUCAAACGUGUAUGAGGUAAACAUUCAGAAUGGAAAUGCCUCAAAUCACUCCCAAGAAGACAGAAAACCUGCAGAAAAGCCUCUCAGUCCUCCGGAGCACCCUUCCACGUCAAACACGAUUGCUUGUACGUAGCAGUAUGAAGAGUGGCGGAAACGGUUCAUAUAUGGACCCAACGCCAAAAACCGUAUAAAGCGGAUCUAAGUGACACUUGGUGACACUUAGUGACGUGUAGUGACAGUGAUAAAACACUAUAAAUGAAAUCUCAUUUAGUGUAAAAGUGAAGUGACACUUGUGCAAUUAUAAACUUAUUUGGUAAGUGUAGACUUUGGGAUGUGUAUUUAUUUUUUACAUUGCAUUUUAGGUAGAAUGAGAAAAUUUUAGAAAUGAGUUUUUGUGGGAGUAUGGGAUGGAGUGGUUUAAAUCAAGUUUUUUUUUUUAUUGUUUUUUAAAACACCUUUCUCGAUACCUGAAUAAUGUCAAGAAAUUACUUUUUUAAGAAUAUAAUUAAGUACCUUGGCACCAUUAAUUUAUCCCAACAAUUAUCAAAUCCAACAUCUUUUCCACUAACACCAUACAUACUCACGCAGAACUAAAAUUAAAAAAAAAAACAAUGGUGGGUGAAAUCUUUGUGGGUAUUUGCAUUUCAGAUGAAGCCGACAUGACAGGACAUCCACCACGUAAGUUACGUAGAUAUAACUCUUGCUAUUAAUAUUAUGGGGUUAAUGUUAAUUUAUUAUUGAAACAUUUCUAUAAUGUUUUGUAAUUUGAGAAUUUGAGAAAAUUUGAAAAAAAUCACUUAAAAGAUUUUAACUCUAAUAUAAUUCGUUAAACUAGGACUAAACUUUUCUUACUUCUUUUAUUUCUCUUCUGUAUCUUGCAACAUAUGAAUGUAUGUUAAUUAAAAAACUAGCUAUGCUAGUUGCUAGUAUAUAUUAUAAUUCAAUCUUAAAUUAACAAUAGUCCCAUCCUUUGAACAAGAUGGUUUGUCUUAAAUUCUUAUAUUGUCAUAAUUGGACAAAUCAUGGGGCGUUUGACUAUUUUUAUAGUUUAUUGGACACAUUUUGUCUAAGAGAUUUUCAAUAGUUCAAAUUUAAACGCCAAUUAGUACAAAAGUAUAGAAUUGUUAAUUUUUCAGUAUUAAACUAGGUACUACUUGAAUAAUUUUUUUGUCAUCUACCAUGCUCAAAUGUAAUGCAUAGAUUAUUUGCAUAAAGAUAGAACUCUCUAACUUUCCUUGAUGUAAGCUACUUAACUGAAAUAAAUACUCACUAAUCUAUCUUUAGUCAAACAACAAGGAAUGUGUAAAAAUCUCUGUUGUUUAUGUGCAUAUGGCAUAAAAGUUUUAGUAAUACUUGGCCAAUACUAGUAUUCUUCUCAAAUAGUUAAUGGAUUUAAUAAGGAAAAAUUAACGAUUUUCUGUUCAAGUUAUUGAUAUUAUAUAAUUGUCUGCCUAUAUUUCACUGAUUCACUUGUAAAUAGUCAUCAUUCACCCUACUUUAUUCUACUAAUAAUAAUAAUAAUGUAUUUGCAAUAUUUUCAAUCUAUACGGAUUAUUUAUAUAGACAAGUUGCUAAACAUUGGUAAAUAUCUUGCAGCUAUGUCCUUGAAUUAAGAAAUCCAGAAAGGGCCGUAGAUCAAUUUGAGACCAAUUAUUACUGCUAUAAAUUUUUGUACCUAUAAUCCAAGUACUAAAGCAAACAAAAUAGGUAAAACAAACCCAUCAAAUUGUAAACCAUCUUAUUUGAGUUUUUAGAAGUUGGGUUACAGUUCAGGUUCAGGUCAGUUUUUGUAAAGCUAGUCUCUUACGUUGAUGUUACAUCAUAGAUGAUACAUACUUA